UAUAAAUUCAAGGGCUUUUAAUUUUGAAUUUUUAAAAGGACAUGAUUUGUUGUAGAUGCCAAGUUAUAUGAAUAAAUUAUGUGUAGUAAAAUACAUCUCAAGAAGGACCCUUAAGCCGAAUCAAAAUAGAAGCCAUCAAAUAUGUUUUUCUUAAAGUUACGUUUCGGGUAAGCUGACUUCGGGAGGCCAUAACCUCUUUAUAAUUUGAGAAUUUGGGAAAACUCUCAACAUGAAAGUUGUAGAUAAUUGAAAUAUCUUUCCAACCAUAGGUCGUGGGACGAAAUGUGAUAUCGGAGUAAUAAGAUAUAGACGUUUUAAAUCUGACAGGCCAAACUAAAUAGUGAAUUCGGCCCAACCCAAUUCUAAUUCGGGUCAGGCCCAAUACCCACAAAAUUAAAUCUGAUUUUUUGUAACUAUUCCUUCAUACAAAGAUCAACAUAAUUCUGGAAAUUUCCAAAGAGAGAGAGAAAGGGAGUUCUUGAGAAAAAUCCCAAAUCCGACCAAAAUUAAGUCCCGAAAUCCGAAGCUCAUGAAGAGAAAAUUGUUGUACGUCGUGUUGGCUUCAAUUUGAGCUAGAAAUCAACCAAUAAGGAGAAGAUUUUAUGUGGUGCUGCAAAUUCAAGGUACAGAUACUUAUUUUGGAGAGCCGCCACCUUAGGAUUCUACUCAACGGGUUGAAGUGCUCCAUUGUCUCGGAGCCUAAACUUUUGCGAUGCCUCCAAGAAAAGCGACAGCUGCCCAAAAGGGAAAGUCAGUAGUAGGAGAGACUAGUCGGACCCCGAGGAUUACUAGGGCCCGUGCCCAGUCUAUGCCUGAGGUUGUGCUCCAGUCGGCGAGCUCUACUACACCGCCAUAUGAGGAGAGAGAAGCAGCAACUGACACUAUGGAUCGGGGGGUUGCUUCACCGCCAGCUCCAGAGGCUCCAGUACCUGAGCCUCCAGCUCUUCAGCCAGGGGCAGAGGACAGGGCUAUGAGAGAUGCAGUUCAGUUGCUGACCAGAAUAGCGACAGGGCAGGCUCGCAGGCAUGGGUUAGGGGUUGACUAUGCUGAUAGACAUGAUAGUUUAAGGGCUCGUGAUUUCUUGACUUGUAAUCCUCCAGAGUUCUAUGGGUCAAGGCCCGGGGAUGACCCGCAGGAGUUUAUCCGACAGGUGCAGCGUACGUUGAGAAUAAUUAAGGCUUCUGAGACAGAGUCUGUUGAGUUAGCUUCCUAUCGGCUGCGUGAUGUAGCUGUUAAUUGGUAUGAGUCAUGGGAGUUAUCUAGGGGCGAGGGUGCUCCUCCAGCGGUGUGGGGUGAAUUUGUGGAGGCCUUCCUUGGCCACUUUCUACCUCCAGAGAUGAGAUGA